AGAAUUCAAAAACUUAUUGGAUUUUGGACUUUUUCAAAUUCCGAGAUUCGAAAGUUAUGUUCGUGAUGACACUUUAAUGCAAUUAAAUAUUUUAGACUUGACUUCGUAUCGUUUACUUAAUUUUCCCGGAAGCAAAGAGAUUACCGUAGUCGCUCUUGAGAUUGGCUUAUAUUAG